AGCCAAGUCAGAUUUAUUAAUUUAGAGAAUUGGUGCUUGGUAACGUUACGUGGCCUAGCUGGCUCUUCACUCUUAGCAGCAAACUGGACUGGAGGACGCGUCAGUUUCUAGAGCUUUCUUUUCUUUUCUUCUCGAGUAUCUCUUAACAACUGAUUGAGCUGUCGGGGGAACCGAAUGAUAAUUACGUCAUCAUUAACCUGCAGGCUGCAUUCUGCUCAUAGGGCUGCGAGAACAUAAAUAAAAAGAGUCGAGCUGCGGUAAAAUAAUGAAUAAAAAAAAUUGAGACUACGGUAAAAAAUAAAAAAUAAAAAAUAAAAAAGGGCGACUGCUGUGAGUGCAGGUAGCUGGGGAAACCGGGCCUCGCGGCCAAAAAACGGACCAGCCCACCGGGAAUUCUCCCGGUCCUCCCGAUUAGCCAAUCCGGGCCUGCAUUAAUCGCAUAAUAAAACAGUCAUCAAGGCAAAGAUACUUUUAAAUAGUUUGUAUACCUAAAAUAUUCCAUCAGUUCGGAAUAUCUGUCUGGUAGGAUACGCUACAGGGCUUCACCCUUCCCAUUUCUGCCACAAGUUUGACAGGCGUAACACUUCUCGGAAACGAAAGUUAAAAACAGCAGUCCAGUGGGAGACAGAACAUCUUUAACAGAUCUGACAAUGACGGACGAACGGAGACGCCACAAUCCUAAAGACAGCACCCUGAAAUUUGUGACUCGACGGGACGACAUUACCCUUGAUGAUGAUCCUAAUACCCAAAGAUUAGAAAUGUCUUGUGGUCACGCUGUCACACCUGAAUCACUCACAGCCUACUGUCGCAGUCUCCUGGAUAAGGGUGAUCACAAAUUUCCAUGUCCAGCUAUUAAACAAGGAACUGAGACAUGUGGGGCUAAUUGGCCAUACAUGGAAGUGCGAAGGAUUGCUUUACUGACUCAAGAAGAGCAGAGCCACUUUGAAGAGAAGAUGGCUGAACUGGCCGCAGCUGAGUAUUGUGAAUUUACCCCAUGCCCCACCUGCAACUCGUACAUUGAGAGGCAGGAUUUGACCAAUCUUUGUGUGAUCUGCACCAUCUGUACAUCAGAUGCCGGGAAGAAUUUUGAGUUCUGCUGGCAGUGUCUAAAGACAUGGAAAGGGCCUGCACCUCGCUCUGACAAGUGUGACAACAGCAACUGCGUUAACCCCAAACUUGAGAAGCUAUCAAAAUGUAAUGAUAUACACUUACCUGAGGUUGAAGGUGUAAUAUGCCCCUCACUGCGAGCUUGUCCUACAUGUGGAAACCUGGUAGAGCAUGACACAACGGGGUGUAAGAAUAUAAUAUGUAAUCGCUGCCAUAUUGAAUUCUGCUUCUCUUGUCUGAAGAUAACUGAAGAAUGUCUAAAAACAAGCUCACACUUUCAACCUUGCUCAGAUGGUGUAGCACCUCGGCAAACAACCAUUCCAACCUGGAAAAAAUAAAAAAUGUAAAUCUUGCCAUAACGUGAACCCCAAAGAGCAUAGUUUGUGUGUGUUUAGGUCGUUCUUUGGGUGCAGCUUAAUAGUUUUAUUGAGUAUUUAUGAUAAAACACAAUUUAAUAUGAUUAAAAGUACAGCACAGCUGCCUUCACAGUUCACACACAACCUGGGCGAUGAUCCUCCACACAACAUGAUUUUGAUUAUGACAAACAAGAAGGAAUAUUUUUGUCUAAUAGGUCUCAUGUAUGAAGCUGGAUAAUAACUUGUUUGUUCAUGAAUUGUUCAUAAAGGAUUUGUGGAAUAAAAAAAGUCAAUAAAUAAAACAAUGUUCAUUUAAA